AACGGAAAGGGAGGUUUGGGAUUGGUCGCCGUCUCUCUGACGGUCUUGACUGACAGUUCAAUGCUGUGUUGUGAUUGGUCGAUGUUGAUGUUUAUCCCUCCGGGUAAAGAGCUUUAACGUGUUGAGAUUUUCUUCAACACUCUCGUUUUCAUUUGCCAGAACCACCGCAAGAGGUGGCACCAGAAACCGUCAAAACUGGAUCAUGGAGCCUGAACUUUGUGAACAGGUGGUUUAGUAUUCUUCUGAUCCAGCUGACGAGGCCGAAGCACUGAGAAGGAUGCUGAGGGCCCGUCGCUCUACCAGCCCCAUCAAGGGGGCAUCUGCCCACUGCAGUCCCACCAGACACUCACCUGUUAAAGGUGGCACGUACGAUUCAGAGCUAAUGAGGGUGUUACGAGAAAGAGAUGAAGUGCAAAACAUGUUGGAGAAACAAGAGCGGCACCUCUCAGAGAUCCAGGCCAAUGUUAAAGUGCUCACAGCUGAACGGGACAAGACCAGAAUGCACUACCAGCAGGCUCAAGAGGAAAUAGCAGCUCUACGACGGGAGGUCAUGAUGUCAAAGUCCGCACGAGGGCCCAAGAGCAGUGUGACCGCUCAGAGCAUCAACAAACGAAAGGAGACCGAGACGAGACGACACCAAAUCAUCUCACCGGGGAGCAGGGCGAUAAUACCAGGAGAGAGGUGUGCUUUUUUUAGCCCGCUGAGUGUAUGUGUGUAUGUGUUCCCUUUGAACUGCACGUCUCCUCAGAUCUCUCAGGAGACAGCCAUCAGCGAGAGAGCUCACCUGGAGCAGAGGGUGGAGGACCUGCAGGUUGCUGUACUCACACUGGAGCAGGAGCGAGGGGAACAGAGAAGCAGGCACGCUCAAAUGAGGGAGACAAUGAUGAGUCUGGAGGAGGAAGUUCAAAUACUUGGGCGAAAACUCAGUACCAGUGAGGAGGAGCUCAACCGCCUCAGAAAUGAGUGCAGCAGCCUCAGACUGGCAAAUAAUCAGUUGGAAAUCUCUCUGAGUGAGAAUCAGCGAAGACUAACCAGCAGGAUUGGAGAGCUACAAAACACUCAGGAGAGAAAUAAAAUGCUGGAUGAGAAGAAUGACUCUCUCCUGAUGCAGGCGACUGCUAUGCAAGAGGAAAUGAACACACUGCGGUGAAAAGUCUCAGAGCUGGACCAGCACAGAUUCUCGCUGCAGGAACAACUGGAGAAAAAGACAGAUCUGCUCAGCACAGCAAAUGACCAGCUAGAUGAGAAGGAGAAAACCAUUAGGAGCUUAAAACUGAGAACCGAGGAUCUUAAAACAACUCUAAUAACUCUGAGGGAGACCGUAGCUGGCAGAGAAAGAGAGCUGGAUGUUCUGAAGAGGAAGCUGUCUGACUCUGAAAGUGAGAUGGGAACAGUGAUGAAAGUCAAAGACACCACAUUACAAGAGAACGGUCAGCUGAGGGACGACCUUGUCAAAGCACGUCUGGAGAAUCAGACUCUACAGCUCAAGCUGGAUGAAGCUAAUGAGGAAAUAGAAGACCUGCAGAAAAAAGUACAAGUUCACAUUGCUGACAUCUCACGCACUGAAGAUCUGCUGUCUGCUAAGGAGCGUGAGUGCAGAGAACUGCAAGAGUCUCGAAGGAAAGUGUCACUUCAGGUGGAAAGCUGGGAGGAGCAGGCCAGACACGCUGAAACCACUGUCAUCGAACUCCGUCUUGAGCUUCAAAACUCUAACUUAGAGAUCCUUCGAUUCAAAGAAAGAGCAGACAGCCUGGAGAGCAGCCUGCAACAGGCACUGAGUGCAGAGCGGAGCUGUACUAGUCAACUGUCUCUGCUGAACCGAAAGAUGAUUCACAUGGAGGAAGAUCUGCGCCAGGCCCAAGCUGAGUGCACACAGGUGCACACCGACCUGGAAAAAACACGAGAGCUCUGCAUCAAACUGGACGCCAGCAAAGAAGCUGUGCAGCGUGAGCUGGAAUCAUGCCGCUCUGAGAUUGAGCUGUUACAGAAGCAGCUGAGCGGUGAACAUCUGUCUGUUCAGACUUUGGAGACCUUGCUGGUGUCUUCACGAGAAAAGGAGUUACAGAGGCAGCUCACCUCUCAGGAAAGACAGACUGAAAUACAAAUUCUCAAGGACAAACUCAGCAUGGCUGACAGCAAAAUGAGUUCUCAGAGCAGGGAAAUGGCUCAGCUGAGGACACGAUCAACCCAGCUGGAGGCAGAUCUUGAGAUGACCAAGAGACACCUGGCCACUGAGCGCUUUGAAAGGGAGCGUGCAGUACAGGAGCUGCGCAGGCAAGGGCUCGCAGCUAUUUCUCCCGUCCUCUCCUCCACUGUCCGCUCCUCAUCCCCUUCCCGUCAUCGCUCUCUGAGUCCUCACAGAUCAUGGUCUCCAGAACGCUCUCAUCACAGCACACCCGACCCACCGCUUGUGUCACAUUACCCUGACAGGAGUCUGACUUUCAGGGACCUUUAUGACUGAGAAGAUCUCAUUACUCUAAUCUUCCAUAUUUUGGCUGGAGUUAUUCAAUGAUUUGAUCUGCUUUUGUCUUUGAUUCUCAAGACAAUCAAUAUCCACUGGUCAUGUAUUUCAAUAAAUCAGAUGUUUACUAUGA